AUGAACGACAAAAAUAAAACAGGCAACCCGCAUUUUACGAAAAUUUCAAAUAGAAAUAUCACAGACACUUACCCAAAAACACCUACUGAAAAACCCACUAUUAAACAAAUUCCCACCUAUACCAAAUCAAGCAGUUCAUGGGCAAAUCCAAGCUCGAAUAAGUUAAACUCAAAUGUCUCUGUAGAUAAGAUUGAUACAUUACCGCCUAUUCCACUCUAUACUUCUACCUCCGCCAACACCGCUGCUCACCAGAUUGCCGCCGCAGCUAAUCAACACGAUAACCUCUCCAUUUCUGAUAACCAAAACGUAAUUAUUUUCAACGACAACACUCAGGUAGGUGGUAUGGUUUCACAAAACCACCUACCAGUUUUGCUACGAUUACUGCAAACGAAAAAACUCCAUCUAUUGAACAAGCAAUUGUUUUCAACUCUAUAG